GAGAGAGGAAAUUUUUUUUUUCUUCUGAUCCCGCCAUAGCCGUGCUACUUUUUUUUUACCACCAUCAUACCAGUCGGAUUAAUCCAAGCUAAAAUACAGAUACAGUGUGCGAUUACCAAUUAAGGGUGUUACAUUGUCGCUUUUCCGCCACUAUUCUAAGAUCUUGCAGAGACUAAGUCAUACCAUAUUACCAUUUACAACUUUUGAUCAUUAUUUGGAUUUAAAAAAUAUAUUUCUGUUUCAUUAUUCGUGUAAAUUACAAAUUGGAUUGGCUAUUUAUCUCAUCGACUCUACUAUUUUGGCGUCUUUUAAACAAUUUUACUGCUAUUUAUUUUUUAUUUUGCCGGUGGACUUCUACCGUGGUUUCAUCCUUCAACAUGAACAAGUUGUACAUUGGAAAUCUGAGUGAAAAUGUGACUUCAGAAGACUUGGUAAAAGUCUUUGAAGACUGCAAGAUUCCUUUCUCUGGACAGUUUCUACUUAAAACUGGCUAUGCGUUUGUUGACUGUCCAGAUGACCAAUGGGCUAUGAAAGCAAUUGAAACAUUUUCGGGUAAAGUGGAACUGCAUGGCAAAUGUAUUGAGGUCGAGCAUUCUGUCCCCAAGAAACAAAGGACCAGGAAACUCCAGAUCCGGAACAUUCCACCACAUAUGCAGUGGGAGGUACUUGAUGGCCUGCUGGCCCAGUUUGGUACUGUGGAAAACUGUGAACAAGUGAACACUGAGAGUGAAACAGCUGUGGUCAAUGUUACGUAUGGGACCCGGGAACAGGCCAGGCAAGCCAUCCAGAAGCUCAACGGUCACCAGUUGGAGAACAAUGCCCUUCGCGUUUCCUACAUCCCAGAUGAGACAUCGGCUGCUGAGGGCCACCAGGGGCCUGACAAUGGCCGGCGCCCACAGUAUGGGCCCCGCGGAGGGCCCAGACAAGGCUCCCCCAGCUCUGGUGCCCCACCCAAACACCAGCACACUGAUAUCCCUUUGCGUUUGCUGGUUCCCACUCAGUAUGUUGGAGCCAUCAUUGGGAAGGAAGGCUCAACCAUUCGCAAUAUCACCAAGCAGACCCAAAGCAAAAUUGAUGUCCACCGUAAGGAGAAUGCUGGAGCUGCAGAAAAGCCCAUCAGCAUCCACUCCACCCCCGAGGGCUGCUCAGCUGCAUGCCGCAUGAUCCUUGAUAUCAUGCACCAGGAGGCCAAGGACACCAAGACAGCUGAAGAGGUGCCCCUCAAGAUUCUCGCCCACAACAAUUUUGUUGGCCGAUUGAUCGGCAAGGAGGGACGCAACUUAAAGAAGGUGGAACAAGAUACUGACACUAAGAUCACUAUUUCGCCGCUGCAGGACUUGACUCUAUACAACCCAGAAAGGACUAUCACAGUGAAGGGAGCUAUUGAGGCAUGCUGUCUGGCUGAGCAGGAAAUCAUGAAGAAAGUGCGAGAGGCUUAUGAUAACGACAUCGCUGCUAUGAACCAACAGACCCAUCUCAUUCCAGGGCUCAACCUUAGUGCUCUGGGGCUGUUCCCCCCCUCCUCCUCGAUGCCACCCCCACCCCCUGGGAACUCUGCUUCUGGUGCUCUGUAUGGCUCUUUUGGAACCCCCGAGCAGGAGACGGUCCAUGUGUACAUCCCGGCCCAGGCAGUAGGCGCCAUCAUCGGUAAGAAGGGUCAGCACAUCAAGCAGCUCAGCCGCUUCGCUGGGGCCUCCAUCAAGAUUGCUCCAGCAGAGGCUCCGGACUCUAAAAUGCGGAUGGUCAUAGUGACUGGACCCCCGGAGGCUCAGUUUAAGGCCCAGGGCAGGAUCUAUGGGAAGUUGAAAGAGGAAAAUUUCUUUGGCCCUAAGGAGGAGGUGAAGCUGGAGACCCACAUCAAAGUGGCUGCCACAGCCGCCGGGCGUGUCAUCGGAAAAGGCGGCAAAACAGUGAAUGAGUUGCAGAAUCUGACAGCAGCAGAGGUGGUGGUCCCACGCGAACAGACCCCUGACGAGAAUGAUCAGGUCAUUGUCAAGAUCAUUGGACACUUCUAUGCAAGCCAGCUGGCACAGAGGAAGAUCAGGGAUAUUCUAAUGCAAGUAAAGCAGCAGCAGCAGAAAGGGGGCAUGGGGGGUGGCCAGGGGCCACACCCAGCGCCUUCGUCUGAGCUUGGCGUUCCCCAGGGACUGGCACAGGGUCCCCAGCCUGCCCGGAGAAAGUAAGAGAUCGUGCCAUUUCCCUGCCCUGCAUCUGUAGGCACAGAAAUAGAGAAGCGCAACAACAACCCAGGUGGAGACAGGGAGGAUGCAUGCCAGAGAGAGGGAGUAAGAGAGGAGAAUCAUACGGAAAUUAAAUGGAGAAAAUGAAAGACCUGAUGCUAGGCCAGAGAGUGACUGGAAAUGAAGAGAAGUAGCAGAAAGCCAUGUUGGAGCACAGGGAGAUAGCAGGCACACAAAGGGAGACUUUGGAAUGCCGUGAAAUAAGAAUAAGAAUAAGACAAGCACCCUCAGUGUGACGGCUUACAUGGGGCCGCUUAAAGGCAGCAGGUGCUGAUUGAGUUGACACACUUUGUGUCGUGGGCAGGAUGCAUCUUAUGGGUGGUUUGCUAUCUCCAUCGCAAAUACACAAUGUGGCUGCUUCUACUAUGUCAGCAGACAUUCGUUUCCAGUCAGUCUUGAUUUUAA